GUACAAAGCUAGAGCAGAGCACCAUUACACCUUCACAUUUUCUCUACACAGAUAGUAGCUUCCAUUUUCCGCAAACCGCCAUGGACAACAACCCUCACCAAUCUCCGACUGAGGCCGCGGCGGCGGCAGCAGCAGCGGCAGCGGCGGCUCAGUCAGCCACAUAUCCACCGCAGACUCCAUACCACCAUCUCCUUCAACAACAACAGCAGCAGCUUCAGAUGUUUUGGACUUACCAGCGUCAAGAAAUCGAGCAAGUCAAUGAUUUCAAAAACCACCAACUUCCCCUUGCUCGUAUCAAAAAGAUCAUGAAAGCUGAUGAAGAUGUUCGUAUGAUCUCUGCUGAAGCUCCGGUUCUGUUCGCGAAAGCCUGUGAACUUUUCAUUCUGGAGCUCACCAUCCGUUCUUGGCUUCACGCUGAGGAAAACAAGCGCAGGACUCUACAGAAGAAUGACAUCGCUGCGGCGAUUACUCGUACUGAUAUUUUUGAUUUUCUGGUUGACAUCGUUCCUAGGGAUGAGAUUAAGGAUGAGGGUGUUGUGCUUGGACCCGGAAUUGUGGGUUCUACUGCUAGUGGUGUGCCGUACUAUUACCCUCCGAUGGGCCAGCCGGCUCCGGGUGGGGUGAUGCUUGGUAGGCCUGCUGUUCCUGGGGUUGAUCCGUCAAUGUAUGUGCACCCUCCGCCGUCACAGGCGUGGCAAUCUGUGUGGCAGACUGGAGACGAUAAUUCCUAUGCUAGUGGAGGUAGCAGUGGACAGGGUAACCUUGAUGGCCAAAUUUAAAAGAUCUCGCUGCUGCCGGUUUGGAGGCUUAACAGCACAUGUGAAACUAAUGGUUAUGAUAGUGAAAUGUAAUUUCUUCUCUCAAAUGUGAAUCCACCUUUUAUGGCUUCUGUCCAUGGAUACUGUUUAACUGUAACCGACUUGAAUCUUUGUCUGUAUAAAACUUGACUUUUGUGUAUUCCUGGAUUUUACUCUUUAAAAUCCUUUUGGGGUUGCUA